GACCUCUCUGUGAUAUCAUUCGUUCAUUCCCUAGGUGCCAGCUCUAUGCUCAGUGAUCCACUGGGGACCUCAGAUGAACACUGAUAUGGGAGCCAGCCUGGGUGCCACCGGCCGUGGGCCCCGCACAGAGAUCGAGGACGAGGACUACUACCCCCAGGGCGGCUGGGACACGGUCUUCCUGGUGGCCCUGCUGCUCCUGGGGCUCCCAGCCAAUGGGCUGAUGGCGUGGCUGGCUGGCUCGCAGGCCCGGCACGGAGCAGGCACACGGCUGGCGCUGCUCCUGCUCAGCCUGGCCCUCUCUGACUUCCUGUUCUUGGCCGUGGCGGUCUUCCAGAUCCUGGAGAUCCAGCAAGGAGGGCACUGGCCCCUGGGAACGGCUGCCUGCCGCUUCUACUACUUCCUGUGGGGCGUGUCCUACUCCUCUGGCCUCUUCCUCCUGGCGGCCCUCAGCCUGGACCGCUGCCUGCUGGCCCUGUGCCCACGCUGGUACCCAGGGUGCCGCCCGGCCCGCCUGCCCCUCUGGGUGUGCUCGGGGGUCUGGGUGCUGGCCACACUCUUCAGUGUGCCCUGGCUUGUCUUCCCCGAGGCUGCCGUGUGGUGGUACGACCUUGUCAUCUGCCUGGACUUCUGGGACAGCGAGGAGCUGCCGUUGAGGAUGCUGGAGAUCCUGGGGGGCUUCCUGCCAUUCCUUCUGCUGCUUGUCUGCCACGUGCUCACCCAGGCCGUCGCCUGCCAGCCGUGCUGCCACCAGCCCCGGCCCCCAGCCCGCCGUGGCUUUGCCCGCGUGGCCAAGACCAUUCUGUCCGCCUACGUGGUCCUACGGCUGCCCUACCAGCUGGCGCAGCUGCUGUACCUGGCCUUCCUGUGGGACAUCUACCCCGGCUACCUGCUCUGGGAGGCCCUGGUCUACUCUGACUACCUGAUCCUGCUCAACAGCUGCCUCAGUCCCUUCCUCUGCCUCCUGGCCAGCGCCGACCUCCGCGCCCUGCUGCACGCCGUACUCUCCUCCUUCGCCACAGCGCUCUGUGAGGAGCAGCCCGGCGGCAUCAUACCGGCUGAGCCACAGACCCAGGUGGACUCUGAGGGCCAGACGCUGCCAGGGCCCAUGGCUGAGGUCCUCCCACAGCUGAACACCACAGCCGAGCCACAGGCAAACGCCACGGCCCAGCCACGGUUGGAUUCUGUGGCUGAGCCUCCCCUGAAUCCCAUGGCCCAGCCACAGGUGAACCCUGAGAACCAGCCACAGGCGAACCCUGAGGCCCAGACCCCUGGCCCCAAUGCCAGCUCAGCCACCAGCCUUGCGGACGACCCCUCUCCUGCCCCAUCCACCCCAGGGGCCCCUGAGACCCCAGCCAUGUCUGCUGCCUCUGAGGGGGAAAGCCCUGGCAGUGCCCCCCCAGAGGAGGCCCCUGGCACUGGCCCCACAUGA